CCGGUUUUCCUGGCAUGACCUUUUCCCUUGGCAACCACUUCCUCUGAGCUUCAACGGCCAUCUUUAAUUUUAACUCAUUCAUGAAAAGUUGUUUUUCUCAUUUAAACACGCCGACCAACACAUUUUCGCACAAAGCAGCGUCGACGACGCUGUGUGCGGAUAGUUUGCAGCGACAAGCACAGAGGAGAACAGCCUCACCGCAGCAGACUGUCCGCCGAGAUAAAGUAAACACCGGCAGCAAUGCGAAAGAAGCAGACUGCCAAACAGAGGAAGACUGAGGAGACUGCAGAGGUCCAAGAGUUUGUGGUUGAUAAAAUAAUUCGCCGCAGAGUGUUGAACGGAAGAGUAGAGUACUUCCUGAAGUGGAAAGGAUUUACUGAUGCAGAAAACACAUGGGAACCGGAGGACAAUCUGGGUUGUCCUGAACUAAUUGAAGAGUUCCUGAGAAACGCCCAUCUCUCAGAGGAGAACGAAGAGGAGCAAAGUGAGCAAGAGUUCUUUCCCAAAGAAGAAAUGACAGAGCAAGAGACGGAAAUUACCUAUAUGCAGUCUCAGGAGCAGUCUCAGGCUGUGAGUAGCGACAGCAAUGUCCUCCAGUCAGAUGAUGACCAACCAAAUGCCCCGACAAACCUCAGCGCUUACCUAGAGCCUGAAUGCAUCAUUGGGUCCACAGACAGAAAGGGAGAGCUCAUGUUUCUGGUCAAAUGGAAAAACUCUGAUGAGGUAGCCCUGCUUCCAGCCCGUGAAGCAAGCGCCAGAUGUCCCCAGGUCGUCAUCGACUUCUACGAGCAGAAGCUGACCUGGCACUGUGGAGAUGAGGAGCAAUGAAAAAUAAAAAAUGUUUUGUGUGGGCUGUUUGCGGAGAAGAACUGAUAAACAGCUGCAUUCUUACUCGAAGCUUAGUUUAACAUCCAUCAAGUGUCCACCAUCAGCUAACAUUAGAGGCACAAUGUCUGAAAAAAAAACCCUGCUGUAGGUAGUUUUAGAUUCUGGCAGGUGCCAGAUCCUCAGCAGAGAUGGACUCUCAAGUGCUCUCAGCCCCGUGGUGCUCAUUAUAGAUCACUUUGCUGUUGAGGACACAGAGAUGGAGACUCAAACUAACUUUAGUGCAGAGCAGGUGAUCUGAUCUAACCUGUUGCAGCUUUUUCUUGUGUGAUUAUGUAGCGGACUAAAUCACUGUGGAUAUGUUUUUGUUUCAAGAUAUUUAAUUUUUUAAUCCUGUUAAUCAACGAGUAUCUCACACUGGGAGGGUUGUUUAGUUAGCGUGUGCUUUUUGUCGUGUGUUUUAGCACAGCGUCAGUGCUACAUCCCUGAAGGUUUUGCUUUGAGCUGACAAUUGUUGACCUGCUGUUUCACACCUUUAUUGUGGCUGGUUUUUAUUGCCACACUUCGUUUUUAAUGUGUUUCUGUUUGAACCUCGUGGUUGAUGUAAAAUGUUAAAAGAAAAAAAAGUUGCCCAACAGAAAUUUCCCAUGUUUAUUUCUCCCUUUUAUUUGGUUAUAACUGCUAGAAACUAAGUUGGUAGUUUGGUCUUUUUACCCAAAGCAAAGUCCUGGUAAAAUUACUGUACAUCAUGUUUCUAAAGUAAAUCUAUUGAAAUUUAAAACUUUUGAAAGGAGCCUAUAACCCGGAGAACUACUGUUAAAUGUAGCACUUUAGUUAUGAGCAUGUCCAUUUACACGGGGCAUUGAAUUUACACAGCUUCAUGUACUUGAUACUUGUGUUCUGAUGGCACUGUCCUGACUACAUAUCUCCCAUGACUGUUAUGGGACACUCAGCUGAACCUGAAACCUCUUUCAACACACCUGCUACUGGACUGCUGUAAUUAUUGACCAUUGAUCUGUGAAGUCUAAAUAAAGGAAAACUUUUGUGA